CUGUCAUCAACUUCAUUGCUUCGUCUGAACUGAAGCAGUACGCAUCAUGUUUCCACAUCUCACCGUUUUAGUGGUAGCCCUAGGUGUGGCUGUAGCCGCGCCCAAGGCUCACAAGAACCACUGGAGCUGCCACGAGUCGGGGCGCGGGGCCCGCUUCGAGGAGCAGCAUGCCGUGGGCACCUGGAUACUGCUGCGCAUGAAGACUGAGGCCACUAACGUCGUCGACAACACGCACUGUGUGGACUUCUCGCGAGUCCAUGAGGAGGAACGAAAUGGCCUCAAAGAGCUAAUCGCCCAAUAUGUGGAGAACCUGGAGUGGAAGAACUUAACCCUCAAGAUGCAGAUACCGUGCGCGCAGUCCAACGCCACCCGCCGGGCGACCUACUUCCUGGAGCGGCUGGAAGACCACGGUUCCUACAGAACUCUUCAGAUGCCAGCCAAUAAUGGCAAGUUCGACCUGGCGGAGUUCCACCGCUACCCGAUGCGGCUGAAGCUGGUGGAGGGCCGCUACCUGCACAUGCUGGACUGCGUGGACCACGUGGCCUUCCUCAUGGGCCGUACGCACAGCGUCGACGACCGGCUGCGCACGCUGCUCGACGCCUUCUGGCCUGAUGAUGCCACCCCCGUUAACCAACUCUAGGGACUGUUGAAUAUAACUUAAAUGUUCAACUAUGUUUCAUGUAAUUAUCUCAUGACAUUUUAAAAAGAUAGCGUAACUUCGAUUUUAUGGCGGCAGCUAUUGAUUUAGUUCCAAGACUGCCUAAAAUGUGUACUAAAAAAUCACCACAUAUUAUCUCAUCAACCGUCUGCGCUCCGUUGUUAGAGCAGUACUAUAACUAUUAUAUAGGGAUCCUAGAGUAGAAUGUUUUUCGGAUCAGGUUUCAUCCGUGAAAUGUCACUAUUUACUAUUCUACUACUCUACUACUCAUGUUACUAUUUAUUCUGGUCAGAAAUAUGACGGGUGUUAAUAUAAAUAUUAAGUAUAUGGCUAAAUAAUUAUGUGUAUCUAUGUAUGUAACACGAAAUAAACAGAGUUAUUUUUAAAAGGUAGAGUGUUAAUAACAAUAAUAGACUUUAUGACUUAACCUUUGGGGCUAUUCAUAAAUUACGUCAUUUAAAAUUAGGGGGGGGGGGGGGUCUGGACAUCGGAUGACGGUAGCAUGAAGUAGGAGGAAAUGGGGUCAUUUGAAGCAUGAUUUUUGGAUGAUUAUAGGGGGGGGGGGGUCAAAAAUCGUCAAAAAUCGAUGACGUAAUUUAUGGACAGCCCCUUUAAAUAAACAGUUGGAAUUUCCAUUUAAAGGUCGUCGACAACUAAUAAUUAAACUAUUCAUGAUUUUUUAAAACUUGUUUUAUGAAGUUUUCAUCCCUACACAGAGCUCAACACAUGCUCGUGGACAAAUUAUUUUUCUAUUUACCAUAGCUAAGCUAUUCCGAUAAGAUAAUAUAUGUAAUCUGUUUUAUUUUUACUAAAUUAUACGAUAAUACAUUUUAUUUUACAGCCACUAUAAAGUGUAGAAUUAAAUUAGUAAUUUGGUAUUUCAAUCUCCAUAUGAGCAUAUGCGAAAGUACUCUAAAUUUUGACUGGAUCUGCAUUCAACACAGCUACGUAACCAAGUAACUACAAUACUAGUACCAUUUUAUGAUUAAAUUGUUAGAAAACACUUAGGUACCUACCUACUUUAGAUACCUAUUAUACAAAACAUUUUGAAGGAAUACAAAUAUAAUUUAUAAUGAAAAUAAGAUAUUAAGUACUAUGUGCUUGUUUGAAUAUUAUAUUCCAAUAAAAUUGUUUGUCACUAAAUGCAAGCUUAAAUUGCGGAAAUGCCUAUAUAUCAUGCCGUGGACAUGGAAUAUAUCAUUAACAAUAAAUUAAGUAGGUAGCGGGUAAAACAAUUAAAUGCUAACAUCAAUCAAUCUAAGAGUCAGAUGACAUCAAAAGACAUUAUAAUUACCCAUUGCAUUUACUAUCGUGAAAGGGUGCAGCAAAUAUCAUGACAGGCAUGGGCGAGUAGGUAAAUAAUAAUUCUACAUAAUUAGGCGGUUUUCUGUGAUAAUUACUAUGUAUGGCCAGUCGUGGGCCAGUCACAUACGCCGGCAGGAGCGUUUUCCUUGUUGAUGAGAUUAAUCAGAUACAAGUAUGCAGUCAAAAUUCCCUCUUAAAACAGCGUACUUAAUUUGUCUUGGUUGUGAGUAAUUUUUUUGUCGGCCGCAGUAAACAGAUGUCUGAAUAGAACGAAGUUUAAUAUACUCUGGUACGUAUUAUGCUACUGAGGGGCAGGUACCGUGUGCCCCGAGAAACCUCACCUCAAUUUUUCUUUAUUUUUGUCAAAGUUGAAAUUUUCUACUGUUGCCGCUUUUAGUAUAAAAAAAUAUUUCUGCACAUAUUUAAUAUUCCGUAACAGCACAUCAGCACAAACCAAAAUUUUCAAAGAAUAAACUAAUAAUAACGAUUUCUGUAAUCGAAAAGCAUUUAACGAUCUAAAUAGAUGCUUAAUUGCCGCAUAGUUCCGGUUAACAAAAUUAAUACAAAUAUCAAAUAAUCAACCCGACCGAAGCAUUACUUUCCACCCCAGCGCUACAAAAUACAACCCCAACAAAUAACACUAAAGCACCACUCAAAUUAAGUGUGGCUCGAUCAACAGUCAUUUUCGGUUACAAUUAACCACACAUUUGAGUGAAAAGUCAACCACCCACUCCAAUUGAUUUAUUGUAUUCCACGGAUCCGCCAUUUUGUGGCGUGGUUCGUAUUGUGUCACCCGCACCAAGAGUUUCUGGAAACGACAAGUACGACAACUAUACGAGCUGUUAUACAUAUGAAGUUAGGAAGGUGAACUGUUGUAGAAUUCUUACGGGUUUUAGAAUUGGCUAAUGCUUAUGUAUUGCCGAGUGAGACAUUUAGGCCAAAUAGUGGUUACCGAAGUUGACGCGGGCCGCACUUUGUUAAUAUUUAUAACUUUAUCAGACAUUGUCGUUUGUCAAUAUUCCAUACAAAAUAGGGCCGCUUGUUGCCGACCGCUGACCUAAGGCUAUCGCCGAAUCAAAUGUUGAGCUCGGCAAGCACCCGGUAUUUUUUACACCCGGCGAACGACCCAGGGUACCAGUGUCAUUACGCCAUAAGUAUAUUUUUAAGAUUCUCUUUAGUUUCAACAUACGCCAGUCUAACCAACCAAAGGACCCGCGGGUAUGUGCACAUAGCUCAAAAUUUGUAUGAGAUUUCAAACUUCCGCCGACCUUUACUCCAUUACUAACAAAAAAAAUAUUAGCCUGGCAAAACAAUUUACGUUUACCGUACCAAUAACAUAAUAACAGUACGUUAAAUGCUCAACUAACUAAAACCUAAAACAGAAAUUCAUCUUAAAUUAAAUUUAUAGAUCCUACAUAAGACAACUAGGUAUGACUUAUGAAAGCAGAAGAAUAUAAAUGAUUGUAUUAGAUUCAUAAUUGUACAUAUUUGUUGUAACUUAUUUUUAAAAUGUGUUUUUCAAUUAAAAAACACAUCAAGA